GCAAGCCUGGCACACGCCGCUCUCGUGUCGUAUACGUAUCGUCCGCAGCUAGAUCGUAGUAGCUGUUGAAACGAGUCAUCAUUUCGAACACUUGUGACAGGCACGACCGCCAAAAUUGCAAGGCUGCUACGAUAAUACACUCAUCAGCACAAAGAGGCUGCAGCCAUGUGGCACAAUGUCAUGCGCGCAUUGCUGCCGUUAUUUAUUGUAACCCACGCGCUGCUGCCGCCGCGCGCACACAUGCGACGAGUAGUCGCGCCCAGCGCGAAUCCGUUCGAUGAAAUACUAGACGCCCUCGACUCGAUGGUCGGCGUGAGCCCGCUCUCCGAAGCCGACAUGAAGAGCGGUCUGACGAGCGAGGAGCUCGCGGCCCGCGCCGCGGCGAAGGCGGAGGACGCGCCGCCCGCCGACGCGCUCGAGAAGCCGUCCGUGUCGAUCUUCUUCGCGCUCCUCGGGCUGUUCCCCGUGGCGAUCAUGGUCGCGGGUCUGGCGAACGGCGCGAAGCCGUUCGGCCUCUAGUGGGUAAUGUAGGUUGUCACAGUA